GUAACAGAAAGGAUAUUUGAAGCCACUGCGCUCUCGGGUCUAUUCUCAAUCAGACGGGCAGUCGGUGGGGGCACGUCUGAUUAGAAAUCUACUUUUUAGGGACUCAAUUGACACAUUAAAGGAUUACUUCGCAAGUGACCAAAUAAGGGAACGUGUAGCCUACUCUUCCCUAUGACCAAUAAUUAUUUAUUAUACAAGGUUCCAUACUUUGGACGAGUAUGGUCUUUUUUUUUACAUUAUUGUGCAAGAGCCUUUAAACAACUUUAAAGGUUUGUGUUUUCUCUGUUUAUAAAAAGUUUCUAAGGUUUUCUAAUAACCUCCGAUUUAGAAAACCUGUCAUCGCAAGGAAAAACGUUCGAUACACAAGUCGCUGCCACACAGCGGGAAUAAGGACAAAAGCAUCUGUACCAACAACACAGGCGGUGUUGCUGCCACACUUCAAAGCGAAAUAACCUGUUAAAUGUGUCAAUGACUUCCAUACAUAUUCUGCUUUGGCUAAGUGAACAGACAUCCUGAGCAAGAACCAACGAAAACUAAUUUGAACUAUUAUGCAUACAUAGUUCAUUUGUAACUGUUUAAGUUAAAGACUCCCUUGAACCACUAGGCUAUUUAUUUUAUAAAGGAAGAAUAACUUUUGUCUGAAGCUCUCCAACCUCUGGUUUCCUCUACACCACGUGUGUUUUUGCUGAGCUUACUGCACAUUUCGUGUUUCUUGACAAGCAAAGCACUACACACGAAGCUGGAGUUACCAUACCAUUGUUCUGUUUUGAAGAGCGGACCCCUUUGUCUUCCACAGCCAAGAUGAGUGUGAACAUCUCCUCGCCCGCCGCGGCACCUACUCGUCCCCUGCGGCUGAAGCGGCUGGAGCUGGACGACCCGCAGGAUGACACGGAAGCGCUGAAAUGCAAGCGWCCCCGGCUGAGCCUUCCACCCUCGUCCCCUGGCCUGGCCCCCUGCCUGAGGCCCCUGAGCCACAGCCCAGACUCCGACCAGCACUGUGUGUCCUGCAUUGGGCCCUACGUCCUGCUAGAACCCACAGAGGGGACAGAGACCUACAGGGCCUUCCACAGGGUUACGGAGCAGGAGUACACCUGCAAGGUGUUCUCUAUGAGGCGGUACCAGGAGUUCAUCGCCCCCUACGUCCGCCUGCUGCCCCACGACAACAUCUGCCGCAUCGCCGAGGUGAUAACAGGCGAGCACAGCGUCUUUGUCUUCUUUCAGCGCAACUACGGCGACAUGCACUCGUACGUGCGCACAUGCAAGCGGCUCCAGGAGGAGGAGGCGGUGCUUCUCUUCCGCCAGAUGGCGGUGGCGGUGGCACACUGUCAUGAGCAUGGGGUGGUCCUGCGCGACCUCAAGCUGCGCAAGUUUGUCUUCGUAGACCAGCAGAGGACCAAGCUUGUUCUUCAGAACCUGGAAGACUCCUGUCUGCUCCACGGGGACGACGACUCUCUUACGGACAAGCACGGCUGCCCGGCCUACGUGGGCCCCGAGAUCCUCAACUCACACCACUCGUACUCAGGGAAGGCUGCUGAUGUCUGGAGCAUGGGCGUGGUGCUGUACACCAUGCUGGUGGGUCGCUACCCGUUCCAGGAUGUGGAACCUGCCGCUCUCUUUAGUAAGAUCCGCCGGGGGACCUUCACAGUGCCAGAGUCGCUCUCGGUGCGGGCUAAGUCGCUGGUGUGCUGCAUGCUGCGUAAAGCACCCUUGGAGAGACUGGAGGCCUCAGAAUUGCUGCUCCACCCGUGGCUGAACUGUUCCAAUAACACAACACCUCCCAACAUGCACCUCAACCCCAGGAACUGCACUGACCAAGUGGUCCCCAACUACACAGAAGAUACUAAGGACACAGGCUGUUUCUAGAAUAAA